AUGUUUCCGAACUCGGGAGGAGAUGGGAAGUACCCGGUUGAUAGAGCGAAAGCUGUGAGUGGAGAGAAGCUGCUGAGGAACAUCAUGUUGGAUAAUAAGAUAGAGCUCUACGCUGCCUACGGUAAAGUGAUGAAUUGUGGAGGAGGUGGAAGCUGUGGAACAUGCAUUGUGGAGAAACCGGAAUCAUGGAGGCUAGCUUGCCAAACUAUUGUUGGAAAUAAAGAAAACUCUGGAAAGAUAUAA